GUGAACUUGCUGCACUCCAUCCUCCCGUACUUGUUUGUUCUUCUGCUUUGAUUUUAUCCACGACGAUGGCACAACCUGCAAUGGCACCAGAGGCACUUGGCGCGCCUGGUAUCCCAAUAUCAAUGACCGGCCCUCCCCAACCAGGAUCUGCGCCCGCACCUGCCUUAGCACCAGAGCAAACUCCAGCAGGCCCUGCAGAGACGGUAUCGGAGACGCUUUACAUCCAAAACUUGAACGAGAAAAUUAGGAUAGAGGUGCUGAAGAACUCGCUGCGGGGUCUAUUCAAGUCCUAUGGAGAAGUUCUUGACGUUGUCGCACAUAACAACCUGAGGAUGCGGGGGCAAGCGUUCGUGUCCUUCGAGAGCCCAGAGAUCGCGGCGAAGGCGCUAAAGGAGGUGAAAGGAUUCCCUCUCUACUCGAAACCAAUGCAAAUCUCAUUUGCACGGACUCGGUCAGACGCGGUGGUGAAGAAGUUGGACGCGACCAACUUUGACCAGCACAAGGAGCACCGGUUGCAACACAAGAAGGAAACCCGUUACACCAAUCCUAUCAAGCGGAAAUUCCGUGAGAAGCGUGUGGCGUCGGAGAUGGAUGGCGCGACCUCUGCACCUGCACCAAAACGGCCCAACGUCCAGAUGCCAGACGAGUACCUCCCACCGAACAAGAUUCUCUUCCUGCAAAACCUGCCAGAAAGCGUCACGAAGCCCCAACUCGAGGCGCUCUUCACACAAUACCCAAAUCUGCACGAAGUCCGUCUUAUCCCGACAAAGAAGGACAUUGCGUUCGUGGAAUACGUCGACGAGGGGAGCGCGACCGUUGCAAAAGACGCGUUGCACAACUACAAGCUCGACGGGGAGAACAAAAUCAAGAUUACUUUCGCGAGGAAAUGAUUCUUUGCUUGUCUUUGUCUUUGGUCGUAUCGUUCUGUCUAUGAUUUUUCUUGUGCUGUGACCGAAUGCCCACGGGAGGGCCCCUUCAACAUGUCGUCUUGUGUCCUACUCGAGUCUAAUCGAUGCUGUAUGAUAAAUGUGGUAGGUUUUGGCAUGGUAGCGUUUUUGUGAUCUACUUCGAGGAAAC